UGAAAGUUUGAAUUUAUCUUUUGAUAAGACGCCAUUUCAGACUGGUGUAAAGCAAAGCUUUAAGUUCCAACAUAUUUAUGAAGUGAAAGCACUGCCUCUAAAAUGAGCCUCAAUGAAGAGAGAGAGGAGGGUGAUGUUGUUCAUCAGAAUCAUAGAGCAGCAUCUCCAAAGCCCAGCUGUGUUUCUAUGAAGAGUGAACAAUCAAUGGGAGCACCUAUUUUAUUCAGUGAUGAAGCAGUGACCUUUUAUCCCAGAGAUGAUCAGAUUGGAGACCUGGCUUUUCAGCAACCAGUAUACGAUGAGCUACAGCAAGUCAAAAAACAACACAAAAUCAGUAUGAAGAACAAGUAUGAGCACAUAUUUGAAGGAAUCAAACUACAAGAGAAUCAAACCUUCCUUAGCAGUAUCUACACACAGCUCUACAUCAUAGAGGGAGAGAGUGAAGGAUUGAAGGAAGAACACGAGGUUUUACAGAUGGAGAAAACAACCAGAACAAAACACUCACAAGACACUCCAAUUUGCUGCAAUGAAAUCUUUAAACCCUCACCUGAACCAGGAUGUGAGGAGAAAAACCAAAUCAAGACUGUUCUUACUAAAGGCAUCGCUGGAAUUGGAAAAACUGUCUCUGUGCAGAAGUUCAUUCUGGACUGGGCAGAGGGGAAAGCCAAUCAGGAUGUAGAUUUCAUGUUUGUGCUUCAAUUUAGAGAGCUGAACUUGAUUCAAGAUCACCAGUACACUCUUCACAGACUUCUACUGGACUUCCAUCCUGAACUUCAAAAUCUGGACUCAAAGAUUUAUGAGGUGUGUAAAGUUGUGUUCAUCUUUGAUGGUCUGGAUGAAAGCAGAAUCACACUGAUGUUUUCAGACAUUCAGCAAGUUUGUGAUGUGACUGAGACGUCAUCAGUGGGUGUGUUGAUCUCAAACAUCAUGAAAGGAAAGCUGCUUCCCUCUGCUCUCAUUUGGAUCACUUCCAGACCAGCAGCAGUGAGUCAGAUCCCCUCCAAAUACAUUGACCGUGUGACAGAAAUUCAGGGAUUUGAUGAGCCUCAGAAGGAGGAAUAUUUCAGGAGGAGAAUCAGUGAUGAGUGUCAAGCCAGCAGAAUUAUCUCGCACAUUAGAAGAGCAAGAAUCCUCCAUAUCAUGUGCCACAUCCCAGUCUUCUGCUGGAUCUCAGCCACUGUGCUUCAGAAGCUCCUGAAAGAAGAUUUGAGUUCAGAAAUCCCCCAAACUCUGACUGAAAUGUACAUUCACUUCCUGCUGAUUCAGAUCAACAUGAGGAAUCAGAAGUAUGAAGAUAAAGAUCCAGAGAAACUAUUGCAGUCCAACAGAGAAAUGAUUGUGAAACUUGCUGAAGUGGCUUUCAAACAGCUUAUGAAGGGCAAUGUGAUGUUCUAUGAGGAGGACUUGAGAGAGAGCGGCAUAAAUAUCACUGAUGCCUCAGUGUAUUCUGGAAUUUGCACUGAGAUCUUUAAGGAGGAAUAUGUGUUUCAUCAGAGAAAAGUCUACUGCUUCAUACAUCUGAGCUUUCAGGAGUUUCUAGCUGCUUUGUAUGUGUUGUACUCACAUCUAAUGAAUAACAUGGAGCCAUUUCAGUUGCUUCUGACGGAGGAAUAUAAAUAUAAUUUGGACAGGUCUGAGGGGAACUCUCUGUGUGAGUUACUACUAUCAGCAGUUAAUCAAACUCUUCAAAUAAAAAAUGGGCAUCUAGAUCUGUUUCUGCGGUUCCUGCUGGGCAUCUCACUGGAGUCCAAUCAGCGAUUAUUACAGGAUUUACUGACACACAGAAAAAACAACUCAGGGAGCAUCAGAGUCACCUCACAGUACAUUAAAGAGAAGAUCAAGAGAAGUGCAAGUCUCUCAGCUGACAGAUCCAUCAAUUUGUUCCUCUGUCUACUAGAAGUAAAUGAUCAGACUCUCUCCAGAGAGAUUCAGGAAUUUGUGAAAUCAGACAAAGAUUUAGAGAUGAAAUUUUCUCCUGCUCAGUGCUCAGCAAUAGCCUACAUGCUUCAGAUGUCAGAGGAGGUGCUAGAUGAGUUAGACCUAAUGAAAUACAACACAUCUUAUGUGGGUAGAAGAAGACUGAUACCAGCUGUGAUGAACUGCAGAAAAGCUCUAUUUGCUGGAUGUCGACUCUCUGAUCAGCACUGUGAAGUUGUGGCUUUAGCUUUACAAUCAUCAAACUCCAAUCUGAGAGAACUGGAUCUUAGUAACAAUGACAUUCAGGAUUCAGGAGUGAAGCUACUCUCUGUCGGACUGAAGAGUUCACACUGUCAACUGAACAUACUGAGGUUUAACUUUCACAUUCACUCAUUCACUAUUUUCAGACAUGUGAAUGAAUAUAGUAGGUAGUCAACCAAACUGCUUAUUAAUUUCUCAAGGCUGCACAGGUAAAUAUAAACUAACUACAUUUGAAACACAUUUGAGAAAUCACCACUAGGUGGUGCAAAGGGACUGUUUGCAUCUAUGCUCAGUAAGGCUGGAAUUGUGACAUUUUCAUUUGUAAAUAAGAUCAAAUAAUCACAAAUUACUUGUAAUAUAAAAAACAGGCAAAAUGUCAGUUUCAGCUCUAAUGUCUUAAUGUGUUCCCAAUUUUUUUUACACAAUUUUAUAAAGUAAGUUUUAUUAAGUAAGGCCAAACUUUUAUAUUUAACUGCAAUUAUUUUCAGAAAAUCACACUCAAAAACCUUUAUGCAAACAUUACAAAUACACAUAGCGUACUUUUCUUAUAAAGUUUUUUUUUACCC